GUAAAGAUAGGAAGGUCCACAGUUUUCAAGAGCACACGAAAUUCAAACACAGUCAUCUAAACCCUUCAAAAGUUGUUUUAAAUAAGAUCUAAUAAAAACAAACGAAGAACAGUUUGACCGAACCUCCAAAAGAAGAGAACAUAAUUAGUGUGAGUGUGAAAGUGAAACAAAAGCCGAAAGAAGAAGAAGGAACCCACAGUGAAACAAAAGACGAACGCAGAAGAAGCCACAUGUGACCCAAAAUGCCGGACACUCUCUCCCUGUCGACCAGUGUCAGCCUGGGCCUGAUCGCAGGCAUCGUGUCGGGCGUCUGCUACCUGGUCGCCAAUGGACUUUCGUGGCCCAAGGACGACAGGCGCCAGCGCUGCCUGCCAAGCGCCGAUGACGGCGUGUGCCGCGGCUGCGGCGGGGACACGCAGGGCGGCCUCGUGCCCUGCAUAUGCCGGUAUUACAAGCCGGUGAAGUACGAUUCGAGCGCGUGGCUGCUGCAACAGCUGCAGCGCGCCGUCAGCCUCAUGCCGUGGAGCGUCAGCACCGACAAGCUCGAGCAGAUCGAAGAAGAAUGCGAAGGCCGCGAGAGCCCGGGCCCGAGUGGCAGCCGCGAGCUGCGCAGCGUCCGCGAGUUCCUGGAGACGCUGUCGGCGCAGCUGGCGGGAGGAGCGCUCGAGGGUACCCGGGUGGCGCCGCUCUACGACCACCCCGCCUAUCUACCACCCCCGCGCGACGCCCCAUCAAGCGCUUCACACGCCGCCCCGUCUAGCGGCGCGAGCGGCGCGCACUACCAACUCAAGCGCUUAGUGGCGCGCGUAGUAGAAGAGGCUGCAGCGCUUCCAGCGCUUGCGCGGUACGCGUCCGAGCCGGCCAACCCGCCGAGCAUAGAGUCGUCUACGUACGAGGACUUGCUGGCCACUGCUAUUUUGAAUAAGGUCAUCGAAAGAUACCAGACGGAGAGCGGCUCCGGCGGGCGCAGCAGCGGCAUCCACUCCGCCAGCGCCAGCCCAACGCCGUCCGAGCGCUCCUCGCCGCGGUCUCUGCACUCCCGGCGCAAUAGGGACAUCUCGCCCCCUGUGACAUCGAGAGACACCAGACGGGGCGGCAUCCACUCCGCCAGCCCCACGCCGUCCGAGCGCUCCUCGCCGCGGUCUCUGCACUCCCGGCACAAUAGGGACAUCUCGCCCCCUGUGAGCAUCGAGAGAGACCAGACGGAGAAAGGCUCCGGCGGGCGCAGCUGUGGUAGCCACUCCGCCAGCGCCAGCCCCACGCCCUCCGAGCGCUCCUCGCCGCGGUCUCUGCACUCCCGGCACAAUAGGGGCAUCUCGCCCCCUGCAUCGAGAGACACCAGACGGGGCGGCAUCCACUACGCCAGCCCCACGCCCUCCGAGCGCUCCUCGCCGCGGUCUCUGCACUCCCGGCACAAUAGGGACAUCUCGCCCCCUCUUCGCGAAGAGGAAGAUGUGUCAGACUGGGAAGAAGGAGAAGCAACUGAUGAUGCACUGGAACUGCCCAGACGAGUGCCAUUCCCCGAAUUCGGCGGAGACAUCGUGCAUCAUGACAACGCAGACCGCGAUUUCGACGAAGUAUCCGGCAGCGAUAUCCAAGCUAUCGACGGCACAUGGGAAGAGAACUGGCUGUUCCAAAAGAAGAAGAUAAAGACACUCCAAUCAGUCCCAGUCCCCAUGUUAGUUCCCAACUCCAACACCGAGUACAGAGCGCUCAUCGGCGACCGCGAUGCCGACGACACCACCGACUUGUCCGACAACGCCAGCGACCAAGAAGAAGAACCGGACGAACAAUACAAAAGCGACAUCAAGAAAGUACUAGAUUCCAAACACGUCAUCGGCGGAAAACCAAAACACGACGACAUGGACUUUGAGCCAGACAGUCUAACCAUCAUUGACGGAGACGACUUCGAACAAUCUGGCACCGAACACGAAGACAAUGUAGCAGACGCCGUUAACGAACAACUGAACAAUAACAAGGUCAUCGACGCGAAAAUUAUACAUGCUAAUGAUGAUUAUGACAACAGUCAUGAUUCUAUUUUGAUCAUAGACAUAGAUAGCGGUCCGUUGCCAAAAACAGAGUUCUCCGUCAAAGAAGAAAUUCACAGAGCUAUUUUGAGUAGAAAACCUGAUAAGUGUUUUGAUGAAGUCGAUGCAAAGAUUAAUGGAAACAGCUCGGAAGAUUUAUUAGACAGCUUAUCGAGUAAUAAAGGGUCAACAAACACUCUUAAUCGCCACGAACGUGUUGGGGAGUAUGAAGAAACUGUCACAGUUCCUGUUCAGAGAUAUGCCGACAGUUUACGAAGAAAACAUUUUGAUGAUGACACACAGCAAAUACCGACCCGAGACACCGAUAAAGAUGUCGACGAUUUAAUACCAGGUUCAAUCGCAUACCGCGAGCGCAAGAAGUGGUUGAACUACGUUGAAAUGCCAAACAAUCCUUAUUCUCCUGAAGCCAUUCAGAAACGUCUGUCAGCUAAAAGCAAUUCAUCACUAUUCGACAUGAUUACCACAAAAACUAAAGAAAUGGAUGAUGAAAAUCCUAAACAAGCGACAGACGAAGAUGUUAACAAGAAUGUCACUGAAGACGAAAUCCCAGUUAAAGAAGAAGCUUCUCAGAAUAAACCGGCCUUGGUACUGAACGGUGAUGCUGUGCAUAUGAACGGCACGAGGUCAAAAAGUCCAUCACCUAAGAUACUUAAAGAUGUAUUAGCGGAGGAAGUUCCACAAUACAAACGAUACGGGAGAGAUUAUUACAUAAAAGAGGCGAAAGCGUCCUCCGGGGGUCGGAAGAAGACGAGUCUGAGCGACGCUAGCUCGCUGUCGUCGCUGAACAAGUCGGCCAGUUUAGACAAUUUCGAUACAGAGCUCGCUCCUGUAAGUGCCAGCAGCUCCCUGGGCGACCUCGAGGCGUGCGCGCUGCACCAGAACAUCGUGCGCGCCGUCCUCAGCCCCAGAAACGCGAGCCCCAACUUCGCCAUAAACCCCAUUUUCGAAAACCCCGACAAACACGAUAACGCUGAUGAGAAUCAUGCGACAGACACGCGUAAUGUCAGUCGAAACGCCAACGGAUCGCUCAUAAAACAAUUUAACGCCAUUGCGACGAACCAGCAGUACACCAAAUUUGCUGUUGACGAUCAAACAUACGACUCUAUAUCCACCAUGCCGAGGAACAAUGACACGAUUUUGAUAGAAUACGAAGACUUAAAUGAACACACACUAUUUUCUGCAAAACCCGCUUACGUGGACGAUGACGACACUGAUAAGAAAUUUGAAGAAAUCCUGCAAACUGCCUACAACACAAAUACACCUUCAUUGGACGUAGAGAGUAAGGAGAUAGAGGAACCUGCCAAAUCACCAACAAAUCUGAGCGUUGACAAUUCUUACAUAAGCUCUAGUAGUUUGGAAGACUCCAUUAAGAUCUACAAUGUACAAACAGGCGAGAUAGUGAGAUGUAAGCCGGAAGAUAACGUAUCGCCCAGAUACGAGGUAGUAACUGACACGAACGACAACAUCGAUAUACCAGAUAACAACGUUUUCGAAGAAGCCGGUGAGAAACUCAGUCCAAAUAUCGAGUUUGUCGAAGAAUCAGUUAUAAUCGAGGAAUGUUUCGAUGAAGAUUUAUCGGAGAGGAACAGUGAAAUCGAUGACAUACUAGCUCAGUUGCCCAAAGUUAAGGAGUUGGCGAAGAAAUUUGUAAGCAUGGACAAUCUCAAUGAACCGGCCAAGCUACCUCAACCUUACUCAUACAUGCGGCGACGAAAAAGCAAAGAGAACAUCCUGAAUGGUGACUCCAAACCGAGCAAUAAGCAAGUGUACAUGCACAGCCUUACUGCCAGAAGCAUCUCGAAGGAAUUUAGGGAAGAACUGAAAUUGUCCAUGGCAACUCCCCUAACAGUUCCUGGAGGAUCCAAAGAAAUCCCUGAAGGUGAGGAGGUCACGAAGGAAUCCAGUCGACCCGGCAGCCCACUACCAGAACCUGGCACCAUUAAGUCUAAACUAGCGUUCUUCGAAAGUCUGAAAUCUAAGUUCAACAAUAAAUAGAUCUAGAAUGCUUCAUUAUAAAUCAGUAUUAUUUAUUCAACAAAUAAUUUUAGAUUUUCUACGAUUACGAUCUUCAGUAAUUUUCUAGUAAUUUUUUAAAAUUAAACGUGCCUUAUUUAGUGUAAUCUUAUCUUGUACUGGCCUAUCAACUGAGUCAUCAUAACUCAUCGCGUACUUUCCAAGAGCAAAUAAACUAAGCAAUGGUGUUGUUUUAUAUCCCACUAACAUUUUAAAUUUAAGUAAGUAAUAAAUGUUAUUUCUCAUAGAUCAAGAACCUCGGUUAGUUUAGAACUGGGUCUACAAGAAGUUUAUAAGAUCCAAUUUGACUUAUAAUAUUUAUGAAAAGAGCCAUUUUCCCCAGAAAACUACUUUAUGUGUACGAAGAGUUCGUGUCAAAAAUGCGUGAUUUUCAUUCAUUAGCGUUAAAAUAUCUUUCAUAAGAGUGGAACUACAGCUUGUUUAUCAACCUGUAAACAAGCUAUGGUAGUUAAGCCACUUGGUGUCAAUGUUUAUGACAGAAAAAAUUGUUUUUUUUAGAAUAAGCACUUAAUUCACGAAUCAUAAAAACUGUGUACAUAAAUAGAUCGUUUAUGAUGUAAAUAUUUAGUGCCAUUUUUGUAAACAUUGUCACUUCACUAUUUAAGUCAUUAUUAUUAUAUUCGAAUGCCAAAGUUGUAAAUAAUCAUGAAUACAUUGGGUAAUUCUCUAGUGGUUGUGUCCAUAGUAAAAUUUAGGUAUCCUAGUGGUAGUUUAUAACGGUAAGACAUUGUGCUAAGUGCAAUAAUACAUUUUCCCUUGAAAAAUAUAGACCACUGCAAUCAUGUGAUAACGAUGUAGCUAGAAAGCGAGCUGUAGACAUACCAAUAAGCUUAAUGUGUAAGAGAAUAAGGGUUAUAAUGUAUAAAUAAAUUCUACAUGUAAACGAUAACAA